AUGCAGACAACAUUAUCAGUUGAUUUUGUUGUGGUUGUUGCCCUUGUCCGUAAAAGUGAACUUGAUAACAAAAUAGGUGAUACACAUAGAAAUGCAAGUUCAUCAUGGUUUCAGAUAUUCAUACAGAUUAAGCGUAGCUUAAUUGGAGUUCAUCACUUGAAUUUCUUUGUACCCAUCCAAGAUCGUUUGUCGAUACAUCAAGAUUCAACCAUGAGUCGCUCAGAGGGACCUCACCGAGGAUUUCUCCCAAUUGGGAAUCCCUUCAAGAUGAUGAUGCCCAAAACCUCUCAUCUCCCAUCAACAUUCCUAACUGCAUUCGAGAAAAAUCUGGCCAAAAGAUUUCAACAAUUAAAGCCAAAUCAUCCAAACGAUGUCAUCACCUUUUCAUGGAUGAAAUCCGCGUUGUCUUCAAUUUGUGAUACACUUGAUGACUGCUUUUGGAACCGAUAUCGUGAGGCAAAGAUUCGGUUACGUGAUGCUAAAAUGUGCAUUACUCGAUCUUGA